UAAUAAUGUAUAAAAUAUCUCGACCACUCAUUAGCAGAGCGCAGCCACAAAGACAAUUUGCUACUUUCACGAAUAUUUUAGAAAGGUUCCUUCUUGGAAGAGUGAAAAGUAUUGAUCCAAGAUCCAAGAGAGUUCCUGAUUUUGAUAAAAUCACGGAUAUUGAUAUUGAACAGAACACUAAAAUAUACCCAGAUGAUACAUAUCAUAACAAAAUCUUCUGGAAGCCACGGUUUUACCAGGCUCCUUACUUAUCUCCAGAGUUCCUGAAGGAGGUGAAGAAAUUUAGAAAUAUUGUAGCAUGGAAAAAUGAACAUGUGUUGGCACUUACACAAUUAAUCUUGAUUGAGGCAAUAAGAGACACUACGUUUGAUUAUACAUUUUAUUAUGAAGCUGAACCUUCAUUAGCGUCUCCUUUUCAUGGAACUAUUGAAAUCUUACUAUAUCAAAAGUACGAUGAUGAGAAUAUGGGAACUCCAUACAUUCCAAUUCUAUUUCCUAUUGAAAAAAAACAGUUCACAACAGACUUAAUUCAGGAAGAAUAUUCCUCGACUAGGAUUGCAUCUGUAGGUCUCUGGUGUAUGAAUCAUAUGAGGGCUAUUGACCCUGACUGGGAGUUCUGAAGAGCUCUUUAUACUAAUGGACACCAAUGGAAGCUGUUUGAAGUUCAUGAAACCAUGGUAAAAUAAAACUAAAUUCUUUGAACCUCGUAAGGAAACCACAAAAUAUCAUCAAGGCUUAACCGUACCAAGGUUCUUUGAUGAUUAUGAGCAUAUGCUUAGUAUUGUAGGUUUAAUCAGAUUCGCCUGAUGUAUUAGGGAAAAUAUGGUUGAGAGUGCUGAGUACAUAGAAUUUAUCGAGCCAGAUAUGUCUAAGAGUGCUUCAACUUCAAACCUUCUCAGAAAGCAAGAAAACACAGUCAUGCCUCAGAUCCCAUUUGAGAGAAGGGAUGUCCCCCAUGCUCUAUAUCCUGGAGCCCCUGACCUUCCCCAAAUUGAGCAAGGGAAAGAUACUUUGCAUAAGCAAAUCAAACAGGCUGAGAAAGAGAUGAAAAGACUUGAAAAAUAGAG